AUGAACAUCGGAGAUCUAGAGCACUUUCUGGAGAUCAUGAGUGUGGUGGCUGAGACCCGGCUGGUCCAUGCCGCACUGUUCAUAGUCGACUACCUGGGGACCCUGUUGGGGAAUCUCCUCAGUGUCGCCAUCACCGCUCUCGACUGGCGCCUCCACACCCCCGUGUACUUCUUCCUCAGACACCUAUGUGUCCUGGAACUCUGCCUAAUCUCUGUUAUCAUCCCCCAGUCCAUCCACAACUCCCUGAAACAGCGUAGAGAAAUCUCGUCCCUGGGCUGUGCUUUUCAAGUGUUUGUGUUCAUACUCUGCGUGCAGACUCCCCUGCUCAAGACGAUGUCCUUCGACCGCUACGCGGUCAUCUGCCUCCCCUGGCGCUACAGGGUCAUCAUGGAUGAUGGAGCCUGUGGAAAGAUGGCGGCUGCCUCAUGGCUCUUUGGCUCACUGAGCGCCAUGACGCACUCCAUCGCCACCUUCUCCGUCCCCAACUUGAGUGUCGUGACAUUAUUAGUAGCAAAUGGCACGUUCGCCUACCUCAAGCCCGUGUCUGAGUCCCCCUCGACCGUGGACCUGCUAGUGUCCGUGUGUGCCCCCGUGGUGGGGGCACACACCGUGGUGCCCCCCGCUCUGAACCCCCUGUUCUACAGCCUGAGGAACCGGGACAUGAAGGCCCCCCAGAGGAGAAUGAUACGACUGCUGUCUCCGAGGAGCCCGAAACACUGGUUUUACGCCAGACUCUUUCCCAUCACGGCCACAAAGCCGCAUGAGGAGACGAGGAGGAGAAACUCAGCAUCCCCCACCCUGGACCGCCCCGAGCUGUCCGUCCUCACGGGGAUGCCCUACGACUGCUACGCCGCCAUCUGCCACCCCCUGCGCUAUCAUUUCUUCUGCAACGUACCCCCCUUACCGAAGAUCUCCUGUUCAGAAACGCACAUUGCCGUUGACGUAAGCCUGGUUAUGGGUAUCGGCUUUGGUUUCUUCUCCUUCGUCUCCAUCGUCAUCUCCUACGUCAACAUCUUCUUGGCCGUGCUGAGUCCUCAGAUCACAUGGUCAAAGACACGGCAGUGA